AUGGAUGUCGAUGUAAUCGAUCGAUCGCAAUGUUUAAUAAACAAAAAGGCUUUGGGCAAUAUCGAAGAAGACGCGAGAAUCCAUUUUCUCAGCGUGACGCCACCGAACUUAACAUUCACCUUUAAUUGCGGAAACUUAAAGGUUCAGAAAAAGACGAUAGAAAUUACGAAUUAUUUCCCUAAAUCAUGCCCGAUUCAACCAUUACCAUUGGAAACUCAUUACUUUCGGAUGCAAACUAUUACUCAGGGAAGGUGGCUUACUCCUGGAUCGAUCUUCAAACUAAAUAUUCUUUUCAUCCCCGACGAAGCAAGAGAUUACAACGAUGUCUUAAAUAUUCGUUAUUUCAACAAUCGACUGUUAGAGAUUAAAAUUACCGCGAAGGCCACGACUGAUUUUUCGUUUCCUACAAACGUAAACUUUGGCGUCGUUCCGCUUGGUCGGCCGGUUUGCUACAAAAUGCCAAUAUACUCUCAUUCGAAGAAACAAUUCUCUUUCGCCAUCUUGCCAUGUAAAGAAGAUCCAUGUGUCGACAUCUAUCCUCGGUGGGGUCACGUUAAACCAGGUCAAGAACCUUUAAUAAUCAUGGUAAUUUACAGGCCGCUUCGAUAUAUAAGUUUAAAUUUUCAAAUUCGAAUAUUCAUAACGGAUUUAUGUAAAAUUCCCUACGUUAUAAAUUUCUAUGCGUAUACUCGACCAGGCGUUUUACGAGAAACACUGGAGAAUGUUGAACCGGAAAUGAAAAGCAAGGCGCGACCAAUCCAAAGGAAAGUUAGCGCGAUUGCUCGUAAAAAAAUGAAACCAAUUUCCCUAGAUCAACCUACGUUGAAAUCUUGUGCGAUAAAACCAGAUAUGGAACUUUCCAGCUUCGAUGAGAGUUUAUUAAAAGAGUGUGGUUACUUACCCUUGUAUACACAGCAUGCCGUCAAUUGCAUCAUGAAUUCAAAAUCUCGAAAACCAUUCGGAGAACAUGAUUUAAGAGGUCCUUCGAGCUUGCACAUGUUCCAAAUUUUGGAAGAAAAAGUUCGAAAGCUAAAGGAAUUCUUAACGAAGGUUGAGAAUUAUCGUCAAGAGAACGAAUUGGCGAAAAUUCAUCACAAAUCAAAGGUAAAUUAUGGAACACGCGAUAUCAGUGAGAAUCAAAUAAUUGAGAUAAAAAUACAACGGGAACAAGAAUGGAACGACUACGAAGAUUCGAUGAAGACGAGCUUGGACGAAGAUUUAUUUGGGCGACAAAAGGCUAAAAAGAUAAGACAAAGAAUUUUGAGGAGCUUUCAAAAAUCUCCGAAUGAAAUCUCGAUGUCGUCUAAAGAUGGACAGUCAUUUCUUCGUUAUUGCAAUAAUAUGCUUUUUCUUCAAGCGGCUCGUAAAAUAGUAAUAAAGAAUCGAUUAUUGAAAGUACUUGCAAAAUUAAAGCAACUGACGUUCGAAUCAGUUGUUAAAUUAGAAGAAUCGUUUAUCAAUUAUUGA